AUGGCUCAAUGGGACUUCAAAAGAAAUGAUGGUUGCAUUCGAAAUGUGGCCUCGUGGGAUGUGACCAGCCCACAAAAUCAGCCAUACCUAUUACAAGUGUCAUGGCCUCUGGAAUGGGCAUCCUUGGAAGAAAAAGAUACUAUCACUAGCAAAGCAAACGUGCUGUACCUCGUAGACGGAAACGCAAUGUUCCUCUCCGCAACAGAAAUCCUACGCCGCCGACGCCUACGAAACCCAGAGGAACUAGCAACAAUAAUCAUCGGACUCUCUUACCCAUUGACGAACUCCGUCUACAGUCCUCGUCGAGGCUUCGACUUGACACCACCCUGCAACUCAUACAAUCCACCUAAAAGCGCACACGGAAACCCCCAGCCACAGGCAUACGGUGGCGCAGAUAUCUUUCUCGAUUUCAUCACAAAUACUAUCCACAAUUACGUUUUCAUGAACCUAUUCCCGCGGGUAUCAAUACAACAAAAGGGACUAUUCGGGCACUCUUACGGAGGCCUUUUCGCCCUUCAUACACUUUAUACUAUGCCUGUCAGUUUUGACGUUUACCUCGCCGUCAGCCCAUCGAUAUGGUGGAAUGAUAAUUUUAUUUUACAAGAAGAAAGACAGUUCUACCGACUCCCAAGACAAGCCCAUCGACCAGGUGUGUGGAUGGCAUACGGAAGUUUGGAAGAGUCACCUCAGAGUGAGAUAGAUCAGUCUGAUGAGAAUCUUGAUGGACGGGCGAGGCUUAGAAAGGGGCGGCGGAUGGGGAGGAAUUGUGAGGAGAUGGCUCGACGGUUGGAAGAAUGUGGUCAAGUUGGAGUAGUUAAGAUGAGACGGUAUGAGGAUGAGGAUCAUGGGAGUGUGGUUGCUGGGGCACUUGCUGGGGGGAUAUCGUUUUUUCUUGAUAUGAGUGAGGCUGGAGUGGUGUAG